AUGGGAGGCAAGAAUAAUGUAAAGCUCAUCCAGAGGUAUGUGUAUGUGCAAGGAUUACCCUUUGAGAAAUAUCCACUGACACCGCUAACUCAUACAAUUUUAAAUAAUAAGACAAGCACAUGUGUGUAUAAAUGUAAUGAAAUGUGUCUCUCUUCUAAGUCAGAGCUGUGUGGGCUGGUUAGCUGUAGUGGGAUCCAGGGACCUCUAGGUGUAGCUGCUGGAGUCCUAUGGGCUCCUGACAGAGUGAACAAUUGUUAAAUAUCAUUUUCAAUUCAUUUUAAUGUAGGUGUGUGUGUAAUGUAAUAGUUUGUAACAUAGAGGACUUUAUUUCUGAACAUAAGGUGAUGCUUAUUGUCUUAUGGUUGUUAGAAUUUAAUGCAAUACAAUGAAUGUUGGGUAUUAUAUCAACUAAGAGGACAAAAAAAGAUACAAUAUUAUGCAAUCUCUCAUGCCACAUCACCACCUGUGACCACCAAAAGUACAAUAGUAUAGAAUUAGAGUAGAAUUAACUGUUUACUGACAAUAAUUCGGUAUCAGCUUCAGAGAUGGAAGAUUAUUAUUAUCAUUUUUACUGAUCUUGAGUCCGGAACCCUUAAGUAUUAGACAAGGCUAUCAUAUAUAUAUUUGCUUGGAUCAUCUCAGUUCCUUAAAGAGGAAAUAUUCAUCUUAUGCGGCUCCGGGAUGCAAUACUCAUGUAUUUGGUUUGUCUUUGUCAUGGAAAAGUUUGCCCACCUCUGCCAGCCUAUACCUUACUACCGUCCACACCCACGUCAUUGCCACGAUGCCAGAGACAAGCAUUCGCAUCAAUGAAAAGGUGACGCGCUCUGCAGCGACGUGUGUGCCCCUCUGUUCCGCUGUCUGUGCGCGCUCCGGCUGCGCUGCCGCACAGCAAUCAGGUGGUGAAAUGUAGCCAUAACUUAACGCGGGCAGGCUCUGCUGGAGAAUAUGGGUCGACGAUGGAGAGAAAACGGCAAAUGAUGUCGAGGAUCAACCCACCGAGGCAGACUAGACCAGAUCCGCAGCUAUGAGCUCCUCCUUUCCAAAAUCUGAAUCUACGACCUCCUUACUGAAAUCAUCCUCGGCGGCGAGGAGACCGACACACCUCCCUGAACGCACAGCAGAGAGCCGGAGAAGUCAGCAUCACCAUCAGCAUCAGCACCAGCAUCACCACCGUCCCGCCGCACUCCAGAGCGGCAGCAGCAAAGCCGAGGAGUCCUUCUGGUCGGCCGAGUGCGACAUCAGCGCCCGGAGACCCCUGUGCCACCCCUCCCUCAUCGGCAGCCAGGACAGUAGUAAUAAUGCAGCCACUCGGGACAAGCGCAAGUCACAUGCUCCCCACAGCCAAGUUCCCGACCCGCCGGAGCCGAACGGCGAGGCGGGCCGAGGUGUGAGGGAGCGCUGCAGGUCAUCCAAACCCACACACCGACACCACCACCGCAGGAAGCACAACCGGGAGGACCGUGCCCCGGCAGCGGGAGCACCUGAACCCGAGCAUCCCCGUCGCUGUCACACUCACAGCCGCCCGGUCCCUAGGGUGCCCUCACUGUCGGACAGCAACGACGACAGGGCUCCUCUCUGUGAGCCGAGGGACCAUAAAGGGGCCGGUUUGGCCAACAGCGGCGGUCAUGUCAGCAGUCCCUCCCCGUCCUCAUGCUCCCUGGUCCCGCUGUCCAGCAGGUCAUCCCGCCGCUCCCGGAGGUCCAGUGCUGCUUCUUCUGCAUCCGAUAUCAACUUACGCACCAUCCUCAAUUCACUCUUUGGGCAGAUGGUCCAGGAUGCUGAAAGGAGACUCAGAGGGGUGCUGUCCUGUGAGGAGAUGGGCCAGGCAGGGUAUCUUGGGCCUUAUCAGGAGUCCAUUGUUUCCAUGACACAAAACUGCGUUCUCGUGAGCAACAUACUGGGACAAACCUGUGUCUUCCUGAGUACAGGCAUGGCCAAGUGCAGGCAGACUGACAGAGAACUACGGCCAGAAGAAAUGGAUGAGUUGCGGGAUGCUUUUAAAGAGUUUGACAAGGACAAAGAUGGUUUCAUCAGUUGUAAAGACCUGGGAAACUGUAUGAGAACCAUGGGAUACAUGCCCACUGAAAUGGAGCUGAUUGAACUAAGCCAACAGAUAAACAUGAACUUGGGAGGUCAUGUUGAUUUUGAGGAUUUUGUAGAGUUAAUGGGUCCAAAACUCCUCGCCGAAACCGCAGACAUGAUCGGAAUAAAAGAGUUGAAAGACGCGUUUAGAGAGUUUGACACUAAUGGAGACGGUGCCAUAAGCACAUCUGAGCUCCGGGACGCAAUGAGGAAGCUGUUGGGUCAACAGGUAGGUCUAAAGGAAGUAGAAGAUAUCCUAAGGGAUGUUGACUUGAAUGGUGAUGGGCUUGUUGACUUUGAAGAGUUUGUACGAAUGAUGUCUCGCUAAGAUCAUAAAAUGAUCGCUCCUGAAUGUGAAGCUGUGUCCUUCUCUAUAUACUUGACCAAGUACAUCAAGAGGACCUGCUAAGAUCUUCUGAGCCAUCUGAAUCUGAAUGACACUGGAAUUAAAACUCCUUGAAUGUUACGGAGCAAGGAGUCACCUCACACUUUCAAUCAAUAAGUGUUCUUCCUGAAACGUCUCCAGUUGAAGUGAGGCAGAAUUUGCUGUAGCCUAGCUGAUGAUUGUCCAACUUAUGUUUUUUGCACUUUAAUUCUCACUAAAUAACUUCCUGUGUGUGGAUAGAUUGCUGGUGUCUUGUCUUUAAAAUAAGUGUUUCGCAAAAUGUCGCCUUUGAUGUACAACAAAGUCGGGAUGAGAGGGUGAACGCCUGUAGAAAAGAUGUAAAAGAUCAGUGCACUGUUGAACAUUUCACUACAUUUUCACUCAGUAUGUGUUAUAUUAGAAACUGUACGUGGAAUGUCCUUUGUGUGACAUUGGUGCUCCACCAUGGAACCCAUGUGGCAAUAUCACACCUGUAUUGUAACUGUGUGACCAUCUGUGAUUUUUCACUGUGCCAGUCCAGUCUGAGAAAAGCAUCACAGUCUGAGUCAACUACGUGCGGUGAAGAAGCAGAUCUCUGAUAUUACUGAGACAGAGACAGAACUCUGAAAUACAUCUCAUAUAUGUUGUGCUCUACAGUCUGAGGUCAAGGGCAGCUGAAACACAUCUUAAAAAGAUGCACAGCUCUCUCUCAAAGCUUAAAUCCAGAGAACCAAAGUGCUCACUGACACACAACACUAACACAACAUAGCUUUAGGAAACAAUUAAUGUGUGUUUUUAAGAAUCCAUACUGCCCUGUCUGAGAACAUACAGCAGGAAUGACAUAUGUGAAGUGUAUUUACAUUGGAUGUGAUGAUGUGUUGUACCUGUACUGUAUGUCAGUGUCAAUAUGAUUGUAGUCAUGGUAAUGUUCCACACAUCUGUGUUGUUGAAGCAAUUUUUAUGCAUGCCAAAGACAGAAGUUUAUUAAAUCAGUAUGCACAUUUGCAUUUUUGUCUAACAAAGUAAACAAAAUAUUUCGCCAAGUUAACUGUAGAAAAAUGAAAGGUGUUUACACUUGAGCCCCUCUUCCUGUGGAGAAACUGUCAAAAAAUACAGGAGCAAUACAGUCGAGUUUGUUAUUUAGACAUGAAAUGAAAAUAUACUGUAUGUACUCAAA